AUGGUAUGUACACCCUCUGUGUCUGUUGAAGCCAAGUCUGUUUUCAUGCUGAUUUUACAUGAGUUAGUUAAUGGGAUUGUGGGUUUUUCUCUGCAAGUUAUGCCUGAGUCGCCAAGGAACAAGUUUCGCAAGGGGGAUAGAUCGAGACGAAUGUGGACUCCAAAGGAGGAAGACAUACUAGCAGCGACAUUGCUUGAGCUGACUGCAACUGGUUGGAAAUCGGACAACGGUUUCAGAGCGGGGUACUUAAGUAAGAUAGAGGACAGUCUCCGUGCCGAGUUCCCUAACACUGACUUCAAAGGCAACCCGCAUAUCAACUCAAAAAUGGGGUCAUGGAAGAAGAGCUAUGGCCUACUCCGCUCCAUACUUAGUCGCACUGGGGUAGGGUGGAACCAUCACGGUGAUCACAAGUUUGAUUGUAGUGAUGAGCAAUGGGAACAGAUAGCAGAUAAAGAGACCAAAUAUAUGCGGAACAAAUCGUGGCCAUUGUGGGAGACGUGGAAGACUAUAUUUGGUAAGGACCGUGCUUCAGGGAGUGCUGCUGAAGAGAUAGGCGCAGCUGCGAAAAGUCUCCGUGCUCAAGUAUCUGGAAUCAGUCAGGUUAAUGAAAACGACUACCUCCCCACCUUUGAAGAUUUCAUCCCCGAACCGUUUACACCGUUGUCCAACAACAAUGAGGUGCUUGAUGACAGCUCCGACUACAGUGGGAAACAAACGGCGAAUAACAAAACUAUCCAUCGAAAGAACAAAAAGCCGUCACCCGACUCCGAUCUUAUGGAGUUCCUUGGCAACCUCCAUGAGAGAACAGAUGCGCGUCUUGAGAUGAUUUCUAAACGCAUCGGAUAUGAGUUCGACAUGGGCCAAGCACGACAGGAAGUCUUUGACAAGCUCGGCACUGUUGAAGGUCUUACCCUGCCCCAACGAUACCGUCUGUGCAAUAUUCUGGGUGACAAACCUCAACGGCUUGAAGUUUUCAUUGGCAUGCCGUCCAGUGCGCGGCUUGGAUAUCUCUUAUGCCUUAUCGAGGAACAGCAGGCUGAAGUCUGA